AUGGUGCGCAACAAGAGAAGUAAAAGACCACAGGUGGACCUGUGGUAUGCAGAAGAAAACUCAGAGUUUAGAGUUUCUCAGAUAUUUAAUAAAAUGAAGAUACAUUGCAAUGAUUUUGAAGUGGCAGCUUCAGGUAGUUCACGGAAGGCUGGAAAGCAGAUGACACGGAACAAUGCAACAAUUCCUGCAGAAGUUAACUCUUCAUGUUCUAUACUAAUCAAUAAGAAGGCUGUGCUCAGUUGUCCUCCUGUACAUUUGACAACGUUGGUACUAAUAAGGUGGGAGAUAAACCUCAGAGACAAGCCUUCCUGUGAAAAAGCUUACAAAAGAGAAACAAAUGAGAUCAAGGACACCGGCUGUACUGAUGAGCAAAUAACCUGGGCCUCCAGACCUGAUCAGAAUCCUGACCUCCAGAUUGAGCCAGUGGCCAUCAUUCAUGAUGGGUAUUACAAGUGUGAGAUGGUAACACCUGAUGGGAAUUUCCAACAUGGAUAUCACCUCCAAGUGUUAGUUCCCCCUGAAGUGACCCUGUUUCUAACAGAGAAUAGAAUGGUGGUGUGCCAGGCAGUUACAGGGAAGCCAGCUGCGGAGAUCUCCUGGACCCCAGAGGGAGACUGCGUCACUCAGCCAGAAUAUUGGGGCAAUGGCACAGUGACUGUUGAGAGUACGUGUCAUUGGGAAGGUUACAAUGUGUCUACCGUGACAUGCUCUGUCUCCCAUUUGACUGGAAACAAGAGUCUGUAUACAGAGCUUCUUCCUGGUACCCAAACACCAGCAACAUUAUAUAUUUAUAUCAUCCUUCCUAUUAUUUUUUUGAUCAUCGUGGGAUCGAUUUGGUUUUUGAAAAUCAGUGGCUGCAGAAAAUGUAAAGUGCAAAAAACAGAGGCUACAUCAAUAGUUGAGGAGGAUGAAAUGCAGCCCUAUGCCAGCUACACAGAGAAGAACAAUUCACUGUAUGAUACUGCAAACGAGGUGAAGACGUCUCAGGCAUUGCAAAGUGAAUUUUGUGGCACAGGUCUUCAAAUUGUAUAUGUUGCUGAAGUCCAACACUAA